AUGGUAUCCCUACGCAUCUUUGCCGUUGGCAGCAUGCUUGCCUUCGGCGCAAUGGCAAACUCAAUGUUCGCAAGGGCGGAUGUCAACCCAGAUCCAGUCAGAGGCGAUACCUUUAUUCAUGACCCUACUGUAGUCAAGAAGCCCGACGGCACCUAUCUCGCUGCUUUCACAUCCAACGGCGUUGGCCUCAAGGUGUCUUCCGACCGUACUACAUGGCGCGAUGUCGGCGCUGCAUUUCCUAACGGUGCUCCUUGGACUAUCCCUUACACAAAGGGCGACAGGAACUUGUGGGCGCCAGAUCUAUCCUAUCACAAUGGCCAAUACUACAUGUAUUACUCAGCUUCCAGCUUUGGUACAUCUCGAUCAGCUAUCUUCCUCGCCACGAGUAAAACUGGUGCAUCUGGCUCAUGGACCAACCAGGGUCUUGUCAUAGAAUCCUUCGAUAACAGCAACUUCAACGCUAUCGAUCCUAACCUCUUUGUCGAUUCGGACGGAAAGUGGUGGCUUACAUUUGGCUCCUUCUGGUCGGGUAUCAAGCUUACUCAGUUGAACCCUAAGACUGGAAAGCCCAUCAACAAGAAUAACCUCACGUCUAUCGCCGCUCGUCCUCAGAAUGGUGGAGCUAUUGAGGCCCCUUAUAUUACAAAGCAUGGCAACUUUUAUUAUCUCUGGGCGGCUUUCGACAGCUGUUGCAAGGGAACCGCGAGUACUUAUCGUACCAUGGUUGGCCGCUCUUCAAAGGUCACAGGCCCCUAUGCCGACAGCACUGGAAAACCUAUGAUGCAAGGCGGCGGAAACCAACUUCUCGCUAGUCAUGGCAAUAUCCACGGACCCGGCCACCCCGCUGUUUACACCGAUAAGGAUAACGAUGUGUUGGUCUACCAUUAUUACAAUGCCGCUGGUAUUGCCCAGCUUGGCAUUAAUCAGAUCCGUUAUGUCAAUGACUGGCCCACCGUUUACUAA